AUGUCCAAAUCCACUCUCGCCAUGUUUGCUGCCCUUGGUGCCGGAGGCGGCGCUGCCCUCACCGCAGCCGUCUACUCGUUUGGCUCUUCCAGCGUGAAGAAACCCGAGUCGCAGGUCGCUUCUACCACCACAUUGACCACUACAACCUCGACGAAACCCUCGGCCGUCGCCGUCGCCGCGCCACCCUUCACACCCACCGCCGCCGUCGCCGGCUCCCCCGUCAACCCGGCCGGCCUCUUCGAGUAUGGCUUCCCCGGCCCCGUGUCCGACAUCGCCUCCAGGUCGGCCCUGGUAUCCAGCUACGACCGCCGCAUGCGCAACCCGCACUGGGUCGUCGAGCACAUCACGCCCGCCUCGCUCGCCAUGCGCGACGCCGACCGCAGGCACAGCGCCUUUGUCGAGGACCACGCCAUCCCCGCCCCCUUUCGCGCCCUGCUCAGGGACUACUACCGCAGCGGCUACGACCGCGGCCACCAAGUCCCCGCCGCCGACGCCAAGUGGUCCCAAAGGGCCAUGGACGACACCUUUUACCUCUCCAACAUGUGUCCCCAGGUCGGCGAGGGCUUCAACCGCGACUACUGGGCCCACUUUGAGGACUUUUGCCGCCGCCUCACCGUACAGUAUCCCUCGGUCCGCAUCGUCACCGGGCCUCUCUAUCUCCCGCGCAAGGACCCCGUCGACGACAAGUGGUACGUCAAGUACGAGAUGAUUGGCAGCCCGCCCUCCGUCGCCGUUCCCACCCACUUCUACAAGGUCAUCUUUGCCGAGGACGGAAACGUCGGCGGCAACGUCGCCAUUGGCGCCUUUGUCCUCCCCAACGCCCCCAUCUCAAACGACAAGCCCCUCACCGACUUCGAGGUCCCCGUCGAGGCCGUCGAGCGCGCCAGCGGCCUCGAGUUUGCCACCAAGCUGCCCGUCCAGCGCCGGAGGAGGCUCUGCGCCGACAUGGCGUGCGCCCUCGUCAUCAAGGACUACGCCGAUAAGCAAAAGGCCUUUGGCAAGACUGACGCGCGUGCCAUCUCCCCGCCCAAGUCAUAG